GUCCAGCAGGUGCUACAGGCUGUGAUGACGGGGUGACGCUGUGGGUGCUGUCUGCUGGCAGUGGCCCCCCCGUUGGUGGGGGCAUGGCUGGUAUUGCUGAGUGACACCCUAUCUGCCAGGCCCCAGCCAGCCGCGGGCCCAGAAUAGCAGCGCUGCCCUGCAGUCAGCAUGGAGCAACUCUCCAGCCCUGCCGCUCCCCAGAUGGUGCUGCUGGACGCUGCUGCCCGCCCCGCGGAGGAAGCAUCCCCCACUGGGGGGGCACCGAGACCCGGCAGCUCGGCUCAUUGCUGGGGCAGGUGUGCCCGCAGGGUUCCCAGAGGCACUACAUCCCAGGGGGGAAGAGGAGGAGGAAGAGGAGGAGGAAAGGCAGAAGGGCUCCAGGCCUGUCACCUUCACGCUGGGCAAUGAGAUCCUGGGACUGGAACCCGACAACAAUUUCCAGAGCCCCGACGCUGAGGUCUACAUGCACUUCAUGAGGAGCCACUGCUGCUAUGACGCCGUCCCCACCAGCUGCAAGCUUGUUGUCUUCGACACCACGCUGGAGAUCAAGAAGGCUUUUGUGGCACUGGUGGCCAACGGGGUGCGGGCAGCCCCGCUGUGGGACAGCAAGAUACAGAGCUUUGUGGGUGAGUGCCAGGGCAGGCAGGGCAGCGGAGAGACUACUAUGGGAUGUGGGCAGAGUGGGCAGCCCCGUGUCUCCGCAGGGAUGCUCACCAUCACUGACUUCAUCAACAUCCUCCACCGCUACUACCGCUCGCCCCUGGUCCAGAUCUACGAGGUGGAGGAGCACAAGAUUGAGACGUGGAGAGAGGUGUACCUGCAAGGCUCCUUCAAGCCACUGGUCUACAUCUCCCCGAGCGAUAGCCUCUUCGAUGCCGUCUACUCCCUGAUCAAGCACAAGAUCCAUCGCCUGCCUGUCAUUGAGCCCAUCUCGGGCAACGUUCUGCACAUCCUCACCCACAAGCGCAUCCUCAAGUUCCUCCACAUCUUUGGCUCCACCAUCCCCAAGCCGCGCUUCCUAAAGAAAACAGUGCAGGAGCUGUGUGUCGGCACCUUUCGCGACGUGGCCGUCGUGCCUGAGAACGCUCCUGUGUAUGCUGCACUGGAGAUCUUUGUGGACCGCCGUGUCUCUGCGCUGCCUGUAGUCAAUGCUGCCGGGCAAGUGGUUGGGCUCUACUCCAGGUUCGACGUCAUUCACCUGGCAGCCCAGAAGACCUACAACAACCUGGACAUCAGCGUGCGGGAGGCGCUGCGGCAGCGCACCGUGUGCCUGGAGGGGGUCCUCACCUGCUACCCCCACGAAACCAUGGAGGACAUCAUCGACCGCAUCGCCGAGGAGCAGGUCCAUCGCCUGGUUCUGGUGGAUGAGAACCGGUACCCGCGGGGCAUCGUCUCCCUCUCUGACAUCCUCCAGGCCCUGGUGCUCACUCCCGCAGGUAUCGAUGCUCUUAACUCUUAGCCCACGACGCUCCAUCUUUCUCCAUUCGCACCCUCCAUUUCUCUCCACUUCAGGUAGGCGCUGCCCCUCUGCCACUGCAGAGCUGGCUGGGGAGGGGGGUCCGGGGGCACUGGGGAUGCCCAGGUGGUGACAGGGGACGAAGGUGAUGGUUGUCCCAGGGUCUCUAGGUGGGAUGCAGGUUGCGCAGCUCUUUGGGCUGGGUGAUGGUAUGGGGGGCUUGAUGCACCCCAAGACAAAAACCAUCUUUCUGGCAUCGCCUCUUGGCCUUGCUGCCCACCUGGUCCCCAGUAGUGCCCCAUGCAUAAGGUGACAGGGAUGCAUUAAGCAGGCAUGGGACCUGCACAGUGUCCACAGGGGUGGCAGUGCCAGGGGGAGACCAGCGGUAUGUCCUUCUCUGGACCAACCCCAUCUCCUUCCCUGGUGCUUGCACUCAAGCACAGGAUGGAGGCUGCCCCUGUGCUGUCUCUGUGUCCCGCAGCUGCAGGGCAGGACAUGGUGCCAUGCUGCAGGGUGCCCAGCCCAGUGCGGUGCCCACAGGGCGUUAUGGCCUUUCAUGCUCUCUUGCCCCACAGGCAUUGACCGACACUCGCUCUGAGGACACCAGGGAAGUGCCACCAGCUUGUCCAAUGCGGGGCCUCUUGCUUGGGUACUGCAGGGCCGUGGAAGGAGGCUUGGAGCCCGGGGGCUCUCCAUGGCAGGCUGCCCACCUGCCCUGGUCCUGGGACUCACUCUGAGCCUGGGGCCAGCCCCUGCCAACCUCAGGGAGGAACAGAGCAGGGAAAAAAGGGUCCAGGGGUGCCUCCAGCCUGCGAGCACAAAGGGAUGCUCAGCAGGCACAGUGGCACCAGAAGCUGUGUAGCCAGGCACAGGGACGCCUGUGUGGCACUAGGGGACCUGCAACAUCCUCCCCUCACAGCCACCGCUGUCCCCUCCUGCUGCGAGACCCCAGUGCUUCGGGUCCCACUGGCUGUGCUGGGUGCCUGGGAGGAGAGCAUGGCUCAGCUGCACGCACAAGCUUGUUUUUUGUAGGGUCUCCAGGGCUGGAACGCCCUGGUAGAGGCGCUCGUAAGGGGACCCUGUACACUGACUGGGGGGGUGGGGGGUAUUUAUUUAUUUGCCAGUCUCUUCAGCCUUACUGGAAUAAAGCAGCCUGCCCUAG